GAAAAUAUGCCUACGUAACGUCCAGUCCUUUGUUCAGCCAUUGUUGCUCUCUUACAAUUCUAAUUUGUUUUGUCUGUUUUUUAGCCUGAGAAAAUACUCUGACCUUUAUGUAAUCUUCUUUACACAUUUUCUCAAAUUUUCAGCUGUGAUGUUUGGGGUUUAUUUGAGUGUCAGCCAUUUCAUGCAGGAGGCAGAAACCUACAAGCACAGGAGGAGUGAGGAGAACCGUCAUCUUCCAGAUGACUGAGACGACAAAGGGAGGGUGUGGGGAAAUGUCAGAUGUAGUGAGUUGGGUGGGGUGGAGGCUGCAGGUGGAUAAAGAGAAGGAGAGAGCGAGCGUCCUCUCUGUUCCUGAGGAGUUCUGCAACCCUUCGUUACUGCCUGAAGAGGCUGAAUCUGCCAGGGUAAAACGCUGCAGACGCACUGUCAACAUUUCAGAGAAUCCCUGUUGCUGCUGCUAUGGACAUCCGCGCCGUUUUUCUGUCCUUCCUGCUGGUGACUGUGAGGUUGUCCAGAGGAGCUGUGGCCCCGUCGGCCUGUGAAAAAGAUGAGCAGUGUGGUCACGGCGAAUGCUGUGCCGUUAGUCUGUGGAAGAGCAACCAGAGGAUGUGCAUUUCACUAGGAGUGGAAGGGGAUGACUGCCACCCGCUCAGCUUCAAGGUGCCGUACAGUGGGAUAAGGAAAGAGCACACCUGUCCCUGUCUCCCCCACCUGACGUGCAAGAGUUCUUACGACCUGUUCAAAUGUGUUGGAGACUUAAAAAAAUAAAUAACAAAAUAACAAAUUUUGUUAUCUUAGCGAGGAAUCAAAAGAUAAUCACAAUAAAAUUGCACUAAAGUCAUCAGUACUGAUUUGAUGAUCGAUGCAGCCAUGAGCAAGUCUGAGUACAGAUGAGCUCAGACUCACUAAACAACAGAGAAAAUUAUGCAAUUUUUUCCAACUUUUGAAAGGCAAUCUGUACCAUGUUCAAGUUUGCUGUAUGCUUGUUGAGUGUUUCCAUGAGAAAAUCUGGGGCUUAAAGUUUACCAUGUCUAGCUUUUGAAGGGGAAGUACUCUGUAAAAUUGAUCGUUUUGAGCUUUGUAUUAUACUAUGACAUUAUUCCCUCAUCAAAAUCAUACCUGAAACGUUGCAUUGAUUCUUUCAUGCAUGUUUGAGAAAUCCUUUAAUCUCCCAUGGCAACCAUUCAGCUGUGCAAAACUCUUGGUGGGACAGAGCGCCGCCUUCGAGGUGCAGCUCCUCCUGAAGGCUACAGUUUUCAAUCUUCCCAGCAUUCGCCUCACAGAGCUGCCCCGUCUACCCCACUGUCUCACCCAUGUCUCCUUCAGACUAGCCAGCAGCUAUUAGCAAAGACCUGGUGGCACUGCACAUCUCCUGAGCUCAUUCUAUGAGCUACUUCUCAAUGAAACGCUGGUAAAA